AUGACAGAACCCAGGCCAACGCCGGCGACACCUGCUUUACCUGGACCAAUUCUCAAGCCUGCAGUCGACGAGAGCGAUUCCGACGAUGCACCUCGGGAUGUGGAGAUAGAGCUCGAGCUGCCGCAGUACAAGAUUGAUGAGCUGCUGGCUCAACUUCGAGAUGAGACAUCCAGCCUCAAGUCCGAAUUCCCACUUGCGCAUGUGGCUGCUGUUUCAGGCGUGAGGGCUUCGGCGAAACACUUGCCAUCCGCGGUUUCCCAAGCCUUCGGCGAUUCAGCUGCCUUGCGUAAUGCUGACCAGUGGGAUCCUUUGACCAAGCUCGCGCAGUUCAAGCAACUACAAGCCCGGUAUGCAGCAGUCAGAGAGCAAAUGGAGCGAGCAGAGAGCACACAACGAAUCCUGCAGCAGGUUCCAUGCGCAGGCAUGUCCACCCCUGUUCAGGAGCCGCCAAAAGAGGUCUCGAUAACACCUCCAGAGUUUCCACCUGCCGCAGGCUUGCCAUUUCCUUACUGUGGCGUGCCAGGCGUGCUUUCGCCGCGGGCGAAGCCUCCACCAGAACCUGCAAAAGAUUUUACGGAAGGCGACUGGGCCUAUGAAGCUGUGAAGGAAAUCGCUCAAGAAGCAGGCCCAUCAGUUCACACCCGCAUGACUAAAGAGGAGGUCAUGCUGGCAAAAGACGGCAUGGACAUGACCCUGAACCAUCUGAGAACUACAGGUUCGCGGAUGCUAAAUGAGGUGAGAGAGCUUGAGAGGAAGAUGGAUGAAGCAGAAAAUUUGGCUCAGGUGAAGCAACUGGCUGCGAACGAGCCAGAGCUUCAAGAAGAAUUGGUGAGGCAGCAGCGUCUCAUCCAUGAGCAGCAGAGGCUGGCAGAUGAGGCGCGGUUAGAGCUUGAGUUGGAGAAGGAGCGGGCAUUCUGGGUCAGGAGGGAGAAGGUUCUUCAGCCGGAAGAAGUUGAUGAUUUCAAGCUGGAGGGUGAUCCAAUCGAGUACCCAGCCACGGAAGAGGAGCUCAUUGCAGCUUCCCGGGUGACAUCAAAUCAGUACCCGGCCAUGCGGCACAUGAUGCCGGAGCUUGCGCCGGAGGGGGCAGGCCCCGUGUCACGUUAUCGGCUCGAGCUUCCCGCCUCACGUGAAUACCAUGGGCGAGUCGCUUUUCAGGCAGCAGAGCUGGGUUGGCCACCUCCGGCGAAGGCUUUGCAAAUUGGAGACCUGGACUCCCCCUCCUCACCCUCCUCACCCUCCAAGUCAAGAUCGCCAAGGGGGCCAAGGACUGAGUGGGCGGAACGAAGUCCCAUUGCCGAGCCAGAGCCUGGUCCAUCACCUCGUUCGCCUGUCUCUGCGGGCGGCUUCUUCGCCGGAUAUCAGCCCGAGCGCGGCUUUGAGACAAGGGGAUUUCACCAAAGUCAGGGCAUGGGCGGCAUGGAUGAGUUUGAUGAUCCUGUUUGGGAAGCAGUUGAUUCGCGAGGAAGGCCAUUGGCGCGGCUGGGGCAAGCCGAGAGUGUCACAGACACUGCAUGGCAGCCACCGAUUGCUGCUUUCUCCGGGUUUGAGACGAGGCAGUCCUUCUCUCCAAGGGAGGCUUCGCAAGAUGAAUUGCCAUCGAACUACGUCAAACCAGCUUUCGCAGCCUUUGCUGGAGAAGGGAGUGGGCCCGCCGUCGACUUCUUCGGCGGUUCUGACAGGGAGCUCGCCGCAUCACCUCGGCGGCAACAGGAAAAGGAGGAAGAGGACGAGACAGACGGCGAAGAAGCCGAGGAAGCCGAGGAGGAAUACGAGGAGGAAGGGUACUUUGGCUCUUUGCUUACAGGUGCUGGAAUUACGGAUCGACAGCCCAAGGUAAAGAGCCCAGUCGAUCCCAGCUCGCGCUUCAUGGCUGGGGCUUGCAUGACUCGGAACCCUCCCCUUGAAGUUCCAGAAGUGGAGGAUAUGGCAGGGCAGGGCCUGCAAUCCGUGGACUUCAUCUGCAGCGUGUUGCUGCAGAAACGUCAGGAUGGACAGCUGGGCAAUCCUGACACUGCAAAGCUUGCCUUAGACUAUGUUGUUGCAGUGGCAGUCAAUGCGGAAAAGGUGGUUGCGACGGGUGAUGCUUGGAGACAUGUCGGAAUCAUCACUGACAUUCUGCAUUUCUUCCCACUUUGUGCUCAUAUCCAUCUGUGGUCCCUUGAGGCGCUCAUGUCCCUCCUUCGACAUGAAGAGAUCCAUCGAGCUGAUAGUUUGGCUAGGCCAGUGUUCGAUUCUGUAACAGACCUGAUGACAAUCCAUCUUGAAGACCGAGCGCUGCGAAGCGCCACGCCAGAGCUCCCCACCCGACUGCUUGCAAGUAUCGCCUUGGCCAUCACGCCAGAUAACUUGAGGCGACUUACCAAUACACAUGUCGAGUUUGCACUUGCACUUAUGAAAGAACCUGAAGUGUAUCCAUUGACCACCGAGCAUGGCCUGCAGAUUAUUGUGCUAGCUGCCUCCACCCAGAACCUGCGAUCGCAGACAGAGGCAGCAAAGUUUGCGCUGCGAUGCUUCAAAGCUGAGCCUCGGCUGGUGCCUAGAGCUCUCUUGGCCUUGAGCACCACGUACAACUCGGCUGCCAAGGGAGGCUUGGGUGGCACGAUUCUUGUGAAGGAGCCUUCCCCAACUGAUGCGAUCGAGCCUGAGUCAGAAAACGAGGGCCUGGUGCCAAUUGCCUUCCGAGACAUUACAACUACAAUGGAUGUUUAUGCAAAAGAUCGCAAAAUACAGGGGGCAGGAGCACAAGCACUGGAGAGCGCCAUGGAGAUCACAAAUGCGAGUCUGAAGGCCUUAGUGCGCGAUGGGCUGCUUCGGUCUGUUAGCCUGGCCCAUCAGAGAUUUCCUCAAAGUCGUUCUGUCGCGCUUUCGCUUUGCCGUAUCAUUGGCAGGACUGUUCUUCGGGAGCCCGAACUGGUGUCUCCCGAGGUUGGCAUUGCUGCUCUUUCAGCCGGGGCGUCUCUGCCACGGGAUGCCGAGGUUGUGGUGGCCUCCCUUGAAGCGGUUUAUGUGCUUGCUCCAAAGCUUCGGAAUCUUUGGAGCGGGGCAAGAGCGGCAUCAGAUCGGCUGGCACUGGUCGCUGGUGAUUUGGUCCGGCUUGGGGAGGUGCGCCACAAGGACUCGCACUCCAUCGGCAUGCUUCUGGUUAUCAUCACCUGUUUAUGCAGCGAUGGCCACGGCCAAAACCCAGGUGGUGUGAGUGGCGAGCGCUGGCGUAUAGCGUUCGGCCGGGCUGCUGGCGUAGCAGUGCCGCUGCGGGCAUUGUUUGAGCAUUCCAAGAACUUGGACAUGAUCACGGCAGCGGGCAUUGCACUUCGCUGCAUGACCUACGGCACGCCCGCUUCAUGCGCACAUGCUGCCCGAGCACGCGCAGGGCCGAUCUUGCUCAGCAGCCUUAUUGCGUAUGCCAGUAAGCCGGCAACCACAAGAGAGCUGCUGGCAGCCCUGGCAAACUGCGCAAGUGAGGAUUCAUUGCGAGAGGACUUCCUGAAGGGCCUUCCCCAAACAGCGGAAGUAAUCUACCAAGCCAUGGAGCAGUCUGCAGACAGAGAGCCCGAUGUUCUUGCACAAGGUUGCCGAGCGUUUGGCGCAUUGUAUUCCUCUCGGCAGCAAGACGUGAACCUCGGCUUGAAGCCUGGGGAGAAGCCAAAGCAGACCUCGGUAGUCCAAUGGGCCAAACUGAACAACGCAAUUAUGAAAACUGUAAUUGGCAUUACCGUGCAAAACGGAGAUGCUGUUGAAGGAAGCGCGUUUGAAGUUCUCAGUGGCUCGGAAUCACGGCAGCAGAAGCUGGAAGCAACUCGUCGCCGUCUUGGCGAGCUCUGCAUGCACCUGGCAAAUGGCUCCCUAGCUUCUGGGCCACAGUUUGGUCGACUGCUAAGCAAAGGCGGAGAGCCCACAGCCGAGUGCACACCACGCUGGAGCUCAGUCCGACUGCGCCUGCAAGAACGAGCAGAGCGUCGAAAAGGAGCUGCAAAGGAAGAGCCUGUACCACCCACACCAGCCAGCGAUGCCGACCUGGAGGUCGAUGACUAA